AUGGGCGGCACGGUAUCAACUGAGGAGAACAAGCAAUGGGCCUUGGAAAAGGUGCUUUUCUUUGACCCAGAGACACGCCCGGACCCCGAUGAAGUCCUUCAAGGCAGAGGCGGGGCCGGCUGUGUGAGGCGCUUCACGCCCAGUAACGCGAAGCUGUGCAACCGCAACUUUUUGAUUCGGUUUAUUAUCGACGGCAAAGGAAGGGAGUUCAUUUUGAAGCUUCAGAACCAACCCUACUGCCGUUUGCUUCUCUGUGACAAAGCGGGGGAACCUAUCAAGGAGAUCCGCACGACUCGGGUCAAGUAUAUUCAACGCCAGGACAUGACAGUUGAGGUUUACGUCAAGACCGAGAGAAACGAGAUGUCGUCGCUGUCUUUCGAAUUCGAGAACGCCAAGGAGUGCGACCUUUUCGCUGAGUUUUUCAAAAUGCUCUUUGGGAUACAGGUGCACCACUUCGGCUUCCGCGACAUGGGCAGCGGACUCGCAGAUCUGAUGGAAAAUGAUGCGGCAGGCAGUGACAGCAAUUAUUCGGGGAGCGACGAAGACGAGUACGAACAGCGACAGAAGGCGCAAGCCAAACAGCGCCGACAGAGGAAACAGGCUCUCCAAAGACGCACAGGCUGUCCCCUCCACGGAGACCAACCUUGCGCAUGCGCGGUCGAGCGUCCCAGCAUCACGCAGUAUGACGAUGAGUCAUCGUCUUCUGAAGAAGAGAUUCACGCCUCCUGGUCCAAUAGGUUCCCCGUGUCUAUUGAAGGCGUCUGCGAGGCAGGAAGCACUGUAAAGAUGAAGGAUCUCGCUGCGCGGUUGGUAAACAAAGCUCCCGCCCGGGUUGUCGAGUGGUUUUUCUCUCACGAGGCCGGGAAAGACCCUUCGUUCCCCACAGUGCCGGAGAAGACGGGACUGUCGAUUAGGCUUGAAGAAAGAUACGUUGGCUACUCUGUUCAAAUUCGGGUAGCCCGGCGUAUGGAAGGAUCAACUCUCGCCAACCAGUUCGUUUAUUCUGUUGCGGUCAAGGGACCGAUCACAGUCAGCUCGGUGACGGCGCGAAGCAUGCUGGAGUUUCUUGCUGAGGGAAUUGCCUUCAGGGCGAAUGUGCGCGAGUUUUCGGAACCUCUCGAGAAGGCGGUGCCAUGGGAGUGUUUUUAUGUGACGCGGCCAGAACCGGACGAACUGGAUUACAGGGAAGACGACAUUACCCUACUCUUCCAUAUUCUCUCGUACUCCGUGGCCAAAGCGAUGUACAGGCAGUCGACAGUCUCGAUCCGGCUCCCUUCAGAGGCUACCCGAGAUGCGGUGUACCAUACCGUAGUUUUCUUCAGGCUACAAAAGAAAGUGACGUCCUACGAGCGCUUCGCGCGGGACUUGGCCACAGGCAACUGCACAGAGAUCAAGCAUCGCUAUGCGCGUCUCUGGACAGAGAACACUUGGACGACGUACACGACUCUGUCUCCGUCACAGGAGGCUCUCACGCUUCUCGCAAACGCCGCGACAGCCGAGGCAUCACCGAGCGCUCAAGUGCCCUCGUCACCUGCUACUGCUUCGCGGCCUCAGCCCGUCAAAACGGGCGCAUCCCCGCGUGGCAGUCGCCAGAAUCCGCAGGCGAUCGCAUACAGCGGAAGGGGCGGAGCAAACAGGAAAGAAGCUGAAAAGAAACGCGAAGAGCCAAGCGCGACAAGUUCCCGAACGCCACGGGAUCAGCAGGCGCCGAGUCGUGGCGAAGCUGGCAAGGUCGAAGCGUCGCCGAGUGUUCAGGAGACCAGCAUCGCCGCCGCCGUCAGAGCGCGGCUUAUCAACAAACAGCCCAAGCGAAACUACAGCGACUACGCGCAAGUGUUCGCGGAGACAGCCGAGGAGAAGGCGCCGCCCGCGAUCCCCAAAACGACAACACGGAAGUGA